AUGAAGAGGAAAAAAACAGAUUAUCACAGUGGAGAUCGAACUGAGAACAACAUCACUCCAGAAACACAAAAGGAUAAGCGAACAUUCAGCAAUGCAGGAGAGUUCUGUACAAAUUCUAUCACAAAUCAAGACAUUCCAUUGCGAUCAGUCUAUUACAGGAUGUUUGAGAGUAUUGAAGGAAGGAAUGUUCCACCGAAUACACAUUCCUUAUAUCAGCAAAUCAGCAUGUUAUCACCCCAGACACCAAGAAAUAAACGGAGAUGUUUACUUGGUCUUGAUAGUUUCUCUAACGAAACUUCAGACUCACCAAAACAGAGCAGUUGUUUGACGUUUAAGACAUCUCAAGUCCUGCAGCCACAUAAGCCAUUCUCAAUUGGUCUCUCAUUUGAGCAGAGAAAACAAAACAACAAAAGAAUUGUUGAUGAAACUGGUGACCUUGAAUUUGAUUGUAGCUCUCUAGAUACUACUGAUUCAGAAUCUGAAACUGAUGACGUAAAUUGUCCAUUUUCAAAACAUGGUUUACGUGAUAAACCUACGUCUACAGCAGCUACAGCAGAGCUAAACAAAGAUGAGUAUACUGAUGAGGGUGAUCCAAUUUACACAUGUUCACACUGUGGUGCUAUGAUGUGGUAUGGAGAACGUUUGAACAAACGACGGAAUGCUAAGAAUCCUACAUUUUCCUUAUGUUGUAUGCAAGGACAAGUGCAGUUGCCUUUACUAAAAGAACCACCAAGUGUUCUAAAACAGUUGAUUGAAGGUGAUGAUUCAGAAAGCAAGCAUUUCCAGAAGAAUAUGAGACCUUAUAACAUGAUCUUUUCAUUUACUUCACUUGGUGGGAAAGUAGAGAGAUCUGUUAAAAAGGGAAAAGGACCACCGAUGUUAGUUCUACAAGGUGAAAAUUAUCAUCUUAUGGGCAGUUUAGCUCCCAAUAGUGACAACCGAGCGAAGUUCGGACAGCUUUACAUAGCUGACACAGAAAAUGAAGUUGAGAACAGAGCUAAAUGUUUGAGCUCUGGUAGACAGGGGUUACAGACCAAUAAGAAGGAUAAUCUGAGGAAAGAUAUUAUUGAGAAGCUGAUGAAGAUGUUGGAUGAAGUGAAUCCAUAUGUUAAGCAGUUUAGAACAGCCAGAGAUCGAUUUAAAAUACAACCAGAAGAUUCGUUUCAUAUGAGGAUUGUAAGUAAUCGAUCUAAGGAUGGGAGGACAUAUGAUACCCCUACAGCUUCUGAAGUUGCUGCUCUCAUUCCAGGAGAUUUUUCUUUAGAUAUGGACCCGAGGGAUAUUGUUCUACAACGGAAAUCAGGUCAUCUACAGCGAAUAAAUGAGAUACAUGCUUCUUAUCUUGCCCUUCAGUAUCCUCUCUUAUUUACUUAUGGAGAAGAUGGAUUCAGACUUGGUAUCAAGAAAGGUGUAACAAAAGCUACAAAGAAACAGAAGAAGCCUAAUAUCAGUAUGCGUCAGUACUUUGCUUUUCGCCUUCAUGAACGUAAGAAUGAGUCUCAUUAUCUGUUGCAUUCGAGGAGACUAUUUCAGCAGUUCUUGGUGGAUGCGUACACUACUAUAGAGUCUAAUCGCCUACGCUAUCUGAGGUUUAAUCAGCCUACUUUGCGAUCCGAUAGUUAUGAUUCUAUCAAAGAGUCUGAGAAUGCAGGAAAGGUCGAUAUGAGUGAUCAAGGAUCAGAGUUCGUGUUGCCAGCAUCGUUCACAGGGAGUCCUAGAUAUAUGAAGAAUCUUUACUUGGAUGCUAUGACUGUAUGCAAGCAUUUUGGAUUUCCAGAUCUUUUCAUCACUUUCACUUGUAAUCCGAAAUGGCCAGAGAUCACAAGAUAUGUUAAGUCUCGGAAGCUAAAAGCUGAAGAUAGAUCAGACAUUGUUUGUAGAGUCUUCAAGAUGAAACUUGAUUCACUCAUGGAUGGUUUAACCAAAAAACACCUGCUUGGAAAGACUGUUGCAUCGAUGUACACGGUCGAGUUCCAAAAACGUGGUCUACCACACGCACACAUUCUCUUAUGGAUGAAUCCCGAGCACAAGUUUCCUACAACCGAUGACAUCGACAACAUCAUUUCUGCAGAGAUUCCUGAUAAAUUGAAAGAACCCGAGCUUUAUGAAGUUGUUAAGGAUAUGAUGAUUCACGGUCCUUGUGGUCCUGCCAAUAUGAAUUCUCCAUGUAUGGAGAAUGGGUUGUGCACUAAGUCAUUUCCUAAGCAAUUUGCUAAGCAGACCACUAUUAAUAAAGAAGGAUUUCCGGUUUAUAGGAGGCGAGAACAGUCAGAUAACUUUGUUCUGAAGAAUGGAGUAAAAUGUGACAAUCGGUUUGUUAUUCCAUAUAACAAGAGAUUAUCUCUACGUUUCCGAGCUCACAUUAAUGUGGAGUGGUGCAACCAAGCUGGAUCUAUCAAGUACUUAUUCAAGUACAUUAAUAAGGGACAAGAUCGUGUCACUAUUGCUGUGGAACCGCCAGAUCACAUUGUUGCUAAUGAGUUGGGCAAUGAAGAGAUUACUGUGGAAAAGAUGGAAAAGAAAAGAAAUGAACUGAAGGACUUUUUCGAUUGCAGAUAUGUGUCAUCUUGUGAAGGGGCUUGGCGAAUCUUCAAAUUUCCUAUUCACUAUCGAUCAACUGCUGUAGAGAAGCUUAUUUUCCAUCUGCCAGGAAAACAAGUGAUCACUUUUAAAGGAAAGGACAAGCUGAAAGCAGUGGUUAGUCGUAAGUUGAUUGAAAAGACUAUGUUCUUGGCAUGGUUCGAGUUGAAUAAGAUCGAUGAGUUUGCAAGAACACUGCUUUAUUCUCAGAUUCCUAUCUUCUAUAUCUUUGACAAAAAGACUAAGAAGUGGAAGAAGCGGAAAAGAGGUUUCUGUUUAGGAAGAAUAAAUUAUGCUCCGCGGAAACAAGAAGCCGCUUAUUUCUUGCGCAUUUUGCUGAACAUUGUGAGGGGUCCUACCAGUUAUGAUGACUUUAAGACCUUUAACGGAGUUCUCUAUCCUGAAUACAAAGAUGCAUGUUUUGCUCGUGGAUUAUUAGAUGAUGAUCAGGAGUACAUUGAUGAUCUUGUGAGGAGAAGCUACGAAUGCUCUGCAAGUGAUCUACGAGAGUUGUUUGUUAUUAUGCUUAUGAGUAACACUUUGUCUCUGCCAGAGGUCGUAUGGGAAAGCACUUGGCAGUUUUUGUCAGAAGAUAUAGAGCAUAACAGAAGAAAAUAUUUGAAUAGGCCAGGAUUAUGCUUGACCAACGAUGAGAAAAAGAAGUAUGCUUUACUAGAGAUUGAGAAGAUCUUGAGACGUAAUGGUACUUCUCUACCAAGAUUAACUACAAAGCCAAAACUGCCAAAGACAAGUGCUCAGGAUUUUAAUGUCUUGAUAGUGGAUGAGCGAAGUUAUUCUCGAGAAACAUUGCAAGAGACUCUUGACAGAGAUAUUCCGAAAAUGACAGAUGAGCAAAAGGAAAUUUAUGAUCAGAUCCUUGCUGCUGUGGACGAAAGGAACGGUGGAAUGUUUUUUCUUUAUGGAUUUGGUGGAACUGGGAAAACUUUUCUUUGGAAGUUACUUUCUGCGGCUAUUAGAUGUCGAGGAGAUAUUGUGAUAAACUGCGCAUCAAGUGGCAUUGCUUCUUUAUUACUACCUGGUGGUAGGACUGCUCAUUCAAGAUUUGGUAUUCCAUUAAAUCCAGACGAGUUUUCAUCGUGUACUAUAGAGCCUGGAAGUGAUCAAGCUAAUUUGAUCAGAGAAUCAUCACUCAUUAUAUGGGACGAAGCGCCGAUGAUGGGGAAACAUUGUUUUGAAGCGUUGGAUAGGACCUUUUCUGAUAUAGUUGGGAAGCAUGCGAGACAGCCUUUUGGUGGAAAGGUAAUUGUCUUUGGGGGUGACUUUAGGCAGGUUCUUCCUGUUAUAAAUAGAGCUGGUAGGGCUGAGAUCGUCUUAGCUUCUCUGAAUAAGUCAUAUCUUUGGGAGCACUGCAAAGUUUUGAAGCUCACCAAGAACAUGCGUUUGUUAUCAGAUGGUUUGUCACCAGAAGAUGCUGCGGAUCUUAGGAAUUUUUCGGAUUGGAUAUUAAAAAUUGGGGAUGGUAAACUUUCAGAGCCUAAUGAUGGUGAAGCGGAGAUAGAUAUUCCAUCAGAAUUUCUUAUUUCAGACUCCAAAGAUCCGAUAGAAGCAAUCAGCACAGCCGUUUAUGGCGAUACUGCUUCUCUACAUGAAAAGAAAGAGGCAAAGUUUUUUCAAGAGAGAGCUAUCUUAUGUCCGACUAAUGAAGAUGUCAAUAUUAUUAAUGACUACAUGCUGGAUCGGCUGGAUGGUGAGGAGAAGAUUUACUACAGUGCUGAUAGUAUAGACCCAAGAGAUAAGGGUUCAGUCAACAAUGAAGCAUUAGGAGCUGAUUUUCUUAACACUAUUAAGGUCUCUGGUUUACCGAAUCAUAGUCUUAGACUGAAGAUUGGUUGUCCAGUCAUGGUUCUGCGAAACAUUCAGCCACAUAAUGGGUUAAUGAACGGCACGAGACUACAGAUAACUCAACUCAUGGACUUUAUGAUUCAAGCUAGGAUCAUAACUGGAGAAAAGGUUGGAAAAUUAGUCUACAUUCCUAGAUUGUUGAUCGAACCAUCAGAUACUCGACUUCCUUUUAAGAUGCGCAGAAGGCAGUUGCCGCUGGCAGUGGCUUUUGCUAUUACAAUAAACAAAAGCCAAGGACAAUCCCUAUCAGAGGUUGGUAUUUAUUUACCAAGACCUGUGUUUUCACACGGACAACUCUAUGUGGCUGUGUCUAGGGUCACUUCUAAAAAAGGACUUAAAAUUCUGGCUCUCGACAAAGAUGGUAAACCUCAAAAGAAAACUACAAAUGUUGUCUUCAAAGAGGUUUUCGAUAACCUGGACAAAUAUCAGUGA